AUCGAGAUGUUUAAAUGCACGUUUUGACACUUUGAACGACAGUAACUCAGCGUUAGCUCAGUGGUAAACCGAAAGCGGAAGUGAUGGUGGCAUUUCUCUCUCACUCCAGGGUUAAUGAUAGUUAUUUUGAAUGAAGGAUUCGCUGAGCUGCUGUAGAUGCGCGUUUAGUGAACGUUAAUUUUUACUGGUGGUGGUAAAAGUUAUUCCAUGGACAUACUUUUAUUUAUUUGAGCUUGUUUGUGAUUAAUUUGUAGUUUUUGUAACUGAAUGCCGCCGCUUGCUAGCUAGCUGCUCACUGAGCCUGUGUGGGCUCUUUGGUGUUUUUAGGUCUCAUCAUUUAACGUCAACUUGUUUAAGGUGGCGUUUGAAUGGCUGCAGCAGCAGGGAUGAACUACGGAAGGCUGGAAGUCAAAAUAAAACGAGUCUGUCAGAGGAAAAGGGCGCGAGACCACCUGAAAGCUCACCUGACACCUGCCCGGAAGAGGGGAGGGGCUGUCUGUUCCCCGCUAUGCAACUUCAACAGGAGGAUCAACAGCAUCAUGGCUGAAAGCAGAGCUGUGGAGUACUGCAGCGACAGCGAGGAUUUAUUCGGCGACUAUGACAGCAUCUUGGAGGACUCGUCUGUCUUGGCAAAACUGGAUGAUGCCGAGCAAAAUGAAAGGCUUCGAGGGGCGGAGCAACAACCAGAAGACGAGGAUGUCCUCUCAGACUCCAUCCUGGACGGCCUCAGAGAUGAACCCUUCGAGGACCUACCGGCCAGCCAGCUGCAGUUUCAGGAGGAAGUUCAGGAGAAGGCGAAGAGAAGCCGACUCCAGGACGGAGACAAAACCUCAACGCCUUUCAGAGGACUAGCAAACGGAGAAGGUCCACCCAGGAGACCAGCCGCAGCGAGGAGGAGCGUUGCCGACCAGCUGAAGAGGACGAUGCUUGGCAACGCAGCGGCUCCUUCUGCCGUUUCACGGACAGCGAUGCUGAAGGAGGCGGUGGUUUCUGAGGAGAUAAACGUCGCCAUGCAGGCCAUGGAGACUGUCUCUGCCGACAUGCCUGACCUUGGGCCGUUCUUUGGGCUUCCAAGCAAAGUGAAGGAGCUGAUGUUUAAACUGAGAGGAAUCCAGAGUUUAUAUGACUGGCAGCAGACGUGUCUGAACUUGGACUGUGUUCAGCAGAGGAAGAAUCUGAUCUACUCCCUUCCCACCAGUGGUGGGAAAACUCUAGUGGCAGAGAUCCUUAUCCUCAGAGAACUGCUGUGCAGGAGGAAGGACUGUCUGUUCAUCUUGCCCUACAUAUCGCUGGUGCAGGAGAAGGUGCGUGGUUUAGCAAGCUUUGGCCUGGAGCUGGACUUCAUGGUGGAGGAGUACGCUGGCAGCAAAGGCAGGUUUCCUCCCGUGAAGAGAAGAAACAAGACAUCCCUUUACAUCGCAACCAUAGAGAAGGGUCACAGCCUUGUCAACUCUCUGAUAGAGACCAGCAGGCUGGAUAACCUUGGUCUGGUGGUGGUUGAUGAGCUUCACAUGCUGGGUGACGGCAGCAGAGGGGCCAUUAUAGAAAUGACUCUGGCCAAAGUUCAAUAUGUGAGCAAAAUAACUCAGAUAAUAGGAAUGAGCGCCACUCUGGGGAAUAUCAAAGACCUGCAGACGUUUCUGAGGGCUGAAAAUUACACGAACAACUUCAGGCCUGUUCAGCUGAAGGAAUUCGUCAAACUGCACGACACCAUCUACGAGGUUGACCCAAAAGAAGAGAACUGCUUCAGGUUCUCACGUCUUCUCAACUUUAAAUACUCAAGCACGAUGCAGAAGAUCGACCCGGAUCACAUCAUCGCUCUGGUGACUGAGGUCAUCCCAGCGCACUCGUGUCUGCUCUUCUGUCCCACCAAGAAGAACUGCGAGAAUGUGGCGGCGAUGAUCUGCAAAUAUCUGAAAGAGGACUUCUUGCGGCACCGCGAGGAGGAGAAGGGCGUCCUCCUCAGGGAGCUGCGGGACAGCGGGAAUGGCUCAUUGUGCCCGGUGUUAAAGGUCACUGUGCCGUACGGCGUGGCGUACCACCACAGCGGGCUGACAUCCGAGGAGAGGAAACUGGUGGAGGAAGCCUACUCCAGCGGGGUCCUCUGCCUCCUCACCUGCACCUCCACCCUAGCUGCAGGGAUCAACCUACCUGCUCGCAGAGUGAUCCUGCGCUCGCCAUACGUGGCCACGGACUUCCUGAAGAGGAGCCAGUACAAGCAGAUGGUGGGACGAGCCGGCCGAGCGGGGAUCGACUCGGUGGGCGAGAGCAUCCUGAUCCUGCAGGAGAAGGACAGGAACAUGGCUAAAACACUGGUGUGCGCGCCGAUGGAGAGCUGUUACAGCAACCUGAUGCACGAUGAUGGAAAAGGCCUCCUGAGCCUCGUCCUGUCCCUCAUUGGAUUAAACAUCACGUCGUCCGUGGAGCAGCUGCAGGACUUCCUGCAGGGAACGCUGCUGUUUGUGCAGUGGCAGCAGCUGUGUGUAGAGAGGAGCCUACUGGAGGCGGUGCAGCAGUGCGUGGACGUCCUGAAGGAGAAAGAGCUCAUCACAGUAGACUCUCAGAGUCUGCGGGUCACCAAGCUGGGGAAGGCUACAUACAAAGCCUCGGUGGAUCUAACCUAUGCUGAGGUCCUCUACAAAGACCUGUCCAAAGGCUUGGAGUCUCUGCUCCUCAACAGCUACCUGCAUCUGGUCUACCUGGUGACCCCGUACGACCUGAUUGAUCAGUGCAAACCUAACUGGAUGAUUUUCUUCAGUUCACACUGUUGUCUGUGGCCGAGCAGAAGAUGUCAGCUGCUGUCGGCGUGCCUGAGAGUUUCGUGGCAAGAAAAGCUGCAGGACAGACGGUGAAGAAGGGCGUGAACGUGGCGGCGGUGAGGAGGAUGUACCUCGCUCUCGUUCUCUUCUCGCUGCUGAAGGAAACGGACGUCUGGAGCGUCUCUGAGCGUUUCCAGGUGAGCCGUGGCUUCGUGCAAACGCUGCUCGGCUCCUC